AUGAAUAUUGGCCAUAUAAACGCCAAUAUUCUGAGCUUUUGGUUUGUCUUAGCCAGAUAUAUGGGCUUGGUUUUCGUACGAUUCAAAAGGUCGAGGGAUAAUAUUAUAGCCUUAGAGGAUAGCAGCUCGAAUCGACAGUGUUGGAAGUGGUUUGCAGUGAUCCUGCGACUUGCGCCGCCUUGUUUUUGCGUCUAUCGGUUCAACCAGUGUAUUAGAAAUGAAGUGAUGCUGCUGCAGGUGGUUCAUUUCUUACACGUUUUCGUUUUGAUAACGACCUGCUUAUCCAUGAGUCACCUACAUAUUUACCAUGGCCACGAACUGAUUAAGUUGGUUAACCGUUACCUGUACCUCUACCGUCAAGUAAAAUCCUCAGGCAUUGGAAGUGACUCAUUGGGAUUUGGAAGUGGUCGGGAGUUACUGAUGAUUGCCAUCUUUUUCAGUUCCCAAUGUGAUGAAAUCAUUAUUUUAUCUCUAUUUUAUCCGUAUGACCUUAGUGCUCGAGACAUUGCAUUUUGGGGAAGCCAUUGCUACAUCGCUAUUGCAAGCAAUAUGAUAAUAUACGUCAAUUUUAUUUGGUACCUCAGCUUGGGCGUUCUUUUUAACGAGGUGCAAAAAUGCCUGUGCUUGGAGUUUCAGCUGGAAUCGGAGAUACUAAAACUGCGUUAUAGGUCCCAAAAAAGAUUGAAACGAACAAUGGCUAUUUUCAGCGAGAUUUGUGAGAUUGUUACUUCACUGCAGCGCAUUAUUAAUGGAUACUUGCUCUAUAACCAAUUUCAAAAAUGCUUUUCCAUAGUCUUUAUCGCUCACGAAAUGUUAUUCAACUUGCAAUUCCUAAAGUUUUGGCAAUGGGCAACCGUAAUUAACGUCAUGUUUCGUUUGCUGAUUCUUAUUUUGGCUAUUCAAACAGCUCUUAAUAAGUUCAGAUGCAUUCAAGAAUUCACUCUGGGCCUAUUCUUCGCCAGCAAGCUGACGGAUUGGAACAAAACGGUGGAAGUAUUUGUUACACAUCUGAACCUUUACAAGUUCAGGGUCCGCCUUUCCAAUCUUUUUGAUGUAUCCAACAAGUUGUUUCUUUUAAUUGUGUCUGUAAUGAUCAUCGAUUUAGGGUUUUCUGACUUUUGGAUUUGGUCACUCUCGCUCAAAAAUUUGGUCCAAACGCUUCUUCCUGUUUUGGCCAUUCAAGAAGCGGCCAAUCAAUUUGAACAAACUCGGGAAAGUGCUCUGGAUAUUUUCUUUGUUGGAAAGUCAAAGCAUUGGAUCAAAUCGGUGGAAAUGUUUGUCACCCAUCUAAACUUAAACGAGUUCAGGGUUAACUUGUUGGGCCUGUUUAAUGUUUCCAACGAACUAUUUCUAGUAAUUGUAUCUGAAAUGUUUUGCUUUCUGGUUUUUGUAACACAAUGUGUAAUCCUGUCUCGCAGACUCUAUUUUAUUUGA